UACUAUUAAUAACAUAGUGAAUACGACAUUUAUUUUAAGUGAAAUUCAAACAACCAUCACAGAACGAGACAGUACUCUCUGCUAAAGCGGCUUAUAAACUGUUACCAACUUUCCUUAAGCGCUGUCAUUCUUUCAGAACAACAGCCAGUUGUCUUGAUUUCAGAGGUUGGCUAAUAUCAAAUAUUAAUAGAAUAAUCAGCCGUUUUUAAACAGAAAAUUACUGACAAAAAACGGAAAAGUUUUGCAUAGCUCUAAAGCGCCGUCUACAUUUUCAGGGGAAACUCUUACAUACAUUCUUUUAGAACGAGAGUGAACCGACGUGAUUUUGACAGAAAUUUCAGCAAAAGAUUACCCACCCAAAUAUUAUGGCUGACAUUGUUACAAAUACCUCAACACCAUCAAAUAACAAUGACAAGGAAAACGAAAACCUGCCUGAAAAUGAACUAGAAAUGAGGGAGAUUCCCAAUUCGACAGAAAAUCAGCCAAGAAUUAUUAGGUUCUCCUCCAUCCUGGACCCGAAUGCGUAUGCAACAAAGAAGACAGUCGCUCAGGGAAUGCUGGAUGUAGCUUUACUCACAGCCAACGCUUCUCAGCUGAAAUACCUGCUACAAAUGGGAGAGCGCCACGAGUUCUAUCACCUGAUGAUAACACUUAUCAGCAUCUCUAUUAUCCUACAGAUUUCGGCAGGAGUUAUAAUGAUCGUGAAGAGCCGAUUCAACAUCAACAAAGAAUGGCAUCAUCGUCGAGCCGAUAUACUCAACAACAUCCUUACGUGGAUAAUUUUUGCCAUAACCAUUCUCAACGUAUUUAUUUCAUCUUUCGGGGUUCAAUCACCUGCACUAUUAGUGAACUGAACUCGCAAAUAAAAAAAAACAACAACAAAAACGUAUAACUUUAUUUUCGUUCGAACCGCUAUGUUGUUUUUACUUCGACACAUUUUGUACAAAUGCAUUAAUAUAUAUUAAUUGUCGGUAAAGUAUUAAUAGCCAUUU